AGGCUCAAUCGAUCAGACUCCUUUUAACUCCACCACUCCAUUGUCCAUUCCCUGGCUGCCUCUCGUUGCUGUUGUUGUUGCUGCUCUUCUCUAGCUUGCUUUCCCCCAAUAGGCCUCUCUGCACUCUUGAGCUUCUUUGCCUUGUUGAACUUGGUAGCUGUGGCGUUGCCGAAAUGGGCGCUCCCUACCACCUCCAAUCACCAAGAACCAUCAUAACCAAGGUAAUGAGCAUGAAGCAGCUGCCACCGGCCCUGCCACAGCUGCCGCCGCCGCCGGUGGAUCAGUCCGAGGUGACCGAGCAGACACCGGUGCUGCCACGGUCGCAGCCGGUGGAUCCACCCACGAUAACCAGGCAGCCACAGGCGCCCCGGCAGCCAGCGCGGGCGCCUUCCAAGGUAAUCCUGCAACCGCGCCAGCGGACCUCGCCGGCGAUGUGGUGCGCGGCCAUCGCUUGCUUCGCCUUCAGCAUCCUCCUCAUCGUCGCAGGCGUCGUCACCCUGGUCGUCUUCCUGGCGGUGAAGCCGAGGCCGCCGUCCUUCGACGCCGCUAACGCCAUCCUCAACAGCGUCUACGUGGACUCGCCGGCCCCCUACUUCAACAACGACAUGACGCUCGUUGCCAACAUCUCCAACCCCAACAGGGAGAUCGACUUGGUGUUCCGGUCCGCCACUGUCGAGCUCUUCUUCCAGGACAGGCCCAUGGCCGUGCAGGCGCUGCCUCCGUUCGCGCAGCGGCGAGGCCAGUCCCAGCUCCUGAACAUGCACCUGCUCUCCAGCCGGGUCCUGCUGCCGCCCCAGGUGGCGGUAAAGAUGGUGGACCAGGUGAGGAGCAACAGGGUGGUGUACACAAUCAGAGGCGCCUUCAAAGUGGAGGCCAGGUUCAGGUUCGGCCACUACUCGUACUGGAUGUACACGGUCUGUCAGCUGGAACUCACUGCCCCUCCUUCUGGAGUUCUUGUUGCCCGGAGAUGCACAACAAAAUGACUGGCUCUAGAAAAAUUCCCCUCGUUUUCUUUUGUUAUUAUAUAUAAAAUCUUAGCUAUUUUUUAUACUGAUGAUGGAAAUGGCCCGAGAACAGCGGAACAUACCUAUUGUUGAUUCAUGUGAAUUCGAAGUUGGUUCUUCAGCUUUGUCGAUCUCUUGGCUGCUCAGUUGUUGCUGCGUCCUAGUGGCUAGCUGCAACACACAGUAGGUCAGUAGCUUAGAUCGUAAGCAACCUGAACAGAGUUCAACAAAGUGUGUAAUGUACAGCAUAGAACUCUUUGCUUGAGUGUAAGCGGUACAGUGGAUUUUUUUUCUCG